UCAUUCCAUUGUGAACACUUCUAUUUCAAACAUCAUGGUACAUUUACGUCGUCUGUAUUUUCACCUCAUUUGAUCAUAAAUACCUGAUUAUUAAAGGACACUUGGGAGAAUCUAUGAAGGAGUUAAAUCCCAUUUAACAUCUUUUUAUUUUUUUAUGUUAAUAAUAAUUAAGUAAAUUGGAAAAGAAGCAAGCGACGCGAAACAAUACAUAUUCUACUUCCGGUUCCUUGUGUGAGGCACUAUGGGAUUACUGACGUUUGCAGGAAGGAUAGUUCUUGUUGUUAUAAAUAUAGUCUUCAUUCUUUUAUCACUGGCGCUGAUCGUUGCAGGUUUUGUGAUACGUUUUGCUCAUGAUUGGCUUCGACCUAAAGUCACAGCUAUUCUAGCUGAUAUAGAAGCUACUGUCAACAAUGCAUAUGGAGACGCAAGUUUUAGUACGGACAAUUUUGAGUUUGGGAGUCUGGUCUCAACACUAUGUUAUAUCAUGAUUGCAUUAGGAGUCGUGCUUAUGGCUGUUGCCUUCGUGGGCUGCUGUGGUGCUUGCUGCUCUCUCACCACUGUCAUACUUGUGUACCUUAUCAUUGUGAUUGCCUUGCUGGUAGGACAGGUUGUUAUUGUUAUAUUGGUGUUUGGAGCACCAGACACGUUAAAGGGACACAUGAAGACGAAAAUGAAGGGAUAACAGAGAGA